AUGAGCUUAUAUUGUUUGAAAGUACAUGACCUCCAGAGGCAGUUCAUAAGUUGUGAAAUUCUGAAAGUAGCCAGAGCCGAAAAUGCCAAAGCCGAUGCAUUAUCCAGACUCGUCUUCAUGGGUGUUGACGGGCUCGAUAGAACCGUACACAUCAAGAUGGUUGCAGAACCAAGUAUAGCCCAGAAACCAAGUAUCAUGGACAUCGACCAUGAGCCCUCCUGGAUGGAUCCAAUAGUUGAUUACAUAAGUAAUGGCAACAUUCCUGCAGACCCUCGGCUUGCCCGAAGCAUUCGGUAUAGAGCUGCUAGAUAUUGCAUAAUCGAAGGAGUCCUGUUCCGCAGAAGUCUUACACUCCCUUAUCUAAGGUGUCUCAGACCCUCCGAGUCCCUUCAAGCAAUGACUGAAAUUCACGAAAGCAUUUGUGGGAAUCACCAAGGAGCCCGAGUUCUGGCACAUAAGUUGAUAAGAUUACGUCCGGAAGUGCGAAAAGUGCAAAGUUUUGGCAACAUCAUACAUACUCCUGCUGAGGAACUGACAUCCAUUCACUACUCAGCUCCCUUCGAGCAAUGGGGAGUUGAUAUUCUUGGGCCUUUUCCCUUGGCCCGAGGACAAUUAAAAUUUGUAGCUGUGGCAGUGGAGUAUUUUACAAAGUGCGUAGAAGCAGAACCUGUAGCAACAAUUUCAGAACCGAAGCUCAGAUCAUUUAUAUGGAAGUUCAUCAUAUGCAGAUUCGGGAUACCAAAAGUCCUCACCACAGAUAAUGGAAGACAAUUCGACAAUCCCCAGUUCAAGAACUUCUGCGCCAGCAAUGGGAUUGAUCAUCGCCUGACCUCGAUCUCACACCCACAAAGUAAUGGAUUAGCUGAAGUAACUAAUCGAAUCAUAUUGCAGGACCUUCGAACAAGGAUAGGGGACGCCAAAGGUGACUGGCCUGACAUGCUACCUUCGAUACUGUGGGCAUAUAGGACUUCACACAAGUCAGCAACUGGUGAAACGCCAUUCAUGCUUGCUUUUGGACUUGAGGCUACCAUUCCAAUUGAGGUUAGCCUCCCCACAAUAAGAAAGCUCGAGACAAAUAAAGAGACACAAACUACCGAACAUCUCGACUUACUUGAAGAGGUAAGGGAGCAAGCUUCCCUUAGGACUGCAAGUUACCAAAACAGAACGGCAAAGCACUUCAACAAGAAGGUCAAGAAUAGGAGAUUUAGAGCCAGCGAUCUUGUCCUAAGGAAAGCAGAAGCAGCCGGGCACCAACCAGGGAAACUUGGGCCGACAUGGGAAGGACCCUACGAGGUCAUAAGAAAACUUAAAGGGGGAGCCUAUAGCCUCAGAGAUACAUCAGGGAAUCCACUCCCAAGGCCAUAG